CACCUACACUCUUCCUUUGUCGCUCUUUAACCUCUUUUCCACGUCAGCAUCAGUCGUCGCUAAGCAUAUCUAAAUAUCUACAUAUCGCUGGUCAUCGAUUAUCCAAAUCACCAAUAUGCCUCUAGAGCAGGAGGAUACUCAAUCCACAACUGGGGAUGCGACUGAUGGAACUGCUACGCACAAGCAGUCGUAUCGCUCGUUCAAAAAGAAAUUCGCCAAGCUCAAGCUUCAGUUCGAAUUGAAAAUGCGCGACAGCGAGAAUCUCAUUCGCGAGCAGCUGCGAAUCGAGGAUCUCUCCAAACAGAUCCAAGAAACAAACGACCAACUCCUCGAAGUUCUUAUGGAAUUCAACGAGAGCCUCCAAGUCAAACCUAGCCUUCGUUACGACCUCUCUAUCCCGGACGAUGCACCCUUAUCUCCCGAGCCCGAAGACAACUCCCUGUCGUUCUAUACCGCGUCGGCAGCAAAGGCGGCUUUGAGGGAGGCCAAAGCAGAGCUAGAAGCUGGAGAAAUAACCGCCGAGACUUACCGACGGCUAGAAGACGCUGUGAAACGCAGUAAUGCCUACCAACCAGCAGUCAAAUACGCAGCCCUGCAACAGCUUUCACAAUACGAGCCUGCGACUGAAACUGACAGCCUGCGAGAUAAUGAGUUGUUGAGCCAUAGUCUUGGAUACAUGACCCCCGAACACGAGUACGAAUACCUGCUUCGCAGCGACACGCAACUAGGCGACAGCGAGGCAGCGGGACCACUCUCCCGAUUACCUGAGAAGCCGACAUGGACGGAACGUAUGCGAGAAGCGAGCCUCGCAAACCCAAGCUCAGUCUACAACUGGCUGAGGCGUAACAAUCCGCAAAUUUUCCUACAAGACAACGACAAUGCGUCCGAAAAGGGAGUGGGAGCACCACGACCAAGUAAUCUGCGCGUAUCCAAGCGUGCACCUACGUCCCGAAACGCCGCUAAAGAAGAGGACAUGUAUGACGAAGACGGAAUUGCCUUGGAAACACCCGAGCCGUCAAGUUCCAAGGGCAAGCGCAAGCGUGAUGAAGAUACAGGGUAUCGACCUAAAGGCGGCCGAAGCAGUACCGGCCGAAAAAAGAAGGAGACUGAUAGCAAUUUCUCGGGUCGACGGUCUAAACGCUCGUCUGGUGUAGGGGCGUAGUUCGAAUAUCUGCGAUGUAUUAUUUUCAUGCAUUUUUUUUUUUUUUUCAUUCUGCAAGCCUCUUCAUUUACUGUGAUGAUAAUAUUCAAACA